GGUCAUGUGAUCAGGUCCCUCCUCUGGACUGGAAUAUGACACACCCAUCGCAGAAGAAGUUGGUCUUAAUGUACUCCAGCUGGCACUUCCUGUCUUUUUACAUCAGGGGGGAGUUCCGUGUAGAGGACGCAUGAUGCCGAGCACCGUAAAGAGCCUCAAAGUGACCUAUAACCCCGUGAAUGAGGAAAACACGUUUACCAGUGGGGACUGCGUGUCCGGCGAGGUCACGCUGGAGUUGGCCAAAGAGUGCUCAAUAGACGCCCUGUCGGUCAAGUUUAAAGGGAAGGCGCACGUUUUGUGGAGCGAGAGGUAUGGAGAAACUACUGUUGUUUACCACGCCAAGGACAAGUACUUCAGCAUCAAACAUUUCUUCAUUCAAGACAAAGAUCUCAAAGACAACCAUGUUGUUUCCGCAGGAUGUCAUGUUUACCCAUUCAGCUUUCAGAUACCUUUCCAGAAUAUGCCCUCCUCCUUUAAAGGCUCCGUUGGUAAAAUUGUGUACUUGCUGGAAGCCAAGAUGAGCAGAUCAAUGAGGAUCCCCACUAAAGAGUCAACAAAGAUCAACUUUGUGUCCAAGGAAGUGCAGACCAUUGACCCUGAGCUGAUGAAACCACAGCACGAGUCGAAGGAUAAGAAAAUGAAAUUUCUCAACUCGGGAAUGGUAGCCAUGGAUGUGAAACUUGAAAAAUCAGGAUUCUUCCAAGGAGAGGGAUUAAAAGUUAUGGCCUGCAUUCAGAACAACUCGUCUCGCACGAUCAAGCCCAAGUUCUGUGUGUACAGAAAGCACAGCUUCUUUGCAAAAGGGAACAGAAAAGUCUGUACUAAAGACCUCCUUAAAGAGGUGGGAGAGCCCAUGCCUCCAUCUUCCAAGGAAAACUUCACACGGGUCAUCCCCAUCCCCUCUGAUGUGGAGCCCUCCAUUCUCAACUGCAGUAUCAUCAAAGCGGAGUACCGACUCAGGGUCUACCUCAAUAUCAAAUAUGCCUCAGACCCAGAGAUAAAAUUUUCUAUAGUUAUCCUGCCGGCCCCUGAGGUUCCUGCUGUGCUGGCCCCACCACCUGCUGCUUCUGGCUUUGGAUCGGAACCAUUUGGGCGCACAGACCCGGCAGCCUGGGGCAUCGUACCACCAGCACAACCACCAGCAGCAUCCGUACCUUUGGAUUCCCCACCUCCCUAUGGAGCAUAUGGAAUGUACCCUCUGCUGUAGGAUUCUGGCUAUAAAUAUCAGU